GAAGGCGGAGCUUGGGAGGGUCUUGAUGAUUGGGCGAUCAGGCGGUUCUGCGGGCAGCCGGCGACAAGGCCGGGAAGAUGGCGGCCUCCUGGAGGCUAGGCUGUGACCCUCGGGUACUGCGCUACCUCUUGGGCUUCGGCGGCUGCCGAAGACUCGGGAUGGUGAGGGGUGCUUCCGGAUGGUCUUUCGGCCGCGGAGCUAGUUGGAGAUGGGUUCACAGCACGCAGUGGCUGCGGGCUGAUCCCAUUAAGAUACUGAUGCCAUCACUGUCUCCUACGAUGGAAGAAGGAAACAUCGUGAAAUGGCUAAAAAAGGAAGGUGAAGCUGUGAGUGCUGGAGAUGCCUUAUGUGAAAUAGAGACUGACAAAGCGGUGGUCACCUUAGAUGCAAGUGAUGAUGGCAUCUUGGCCAAAAUAGUGGUUGAAGAAGGAUCUAAAAAUAUACGGCUAGGUUCACUAAUUGGUUUGCUAGUUGAAGAAGGAGAAGAUUGGAAACAUGUUGAAAUCCCCAAAGAUGUAGGUCCUCCACCACCAGCUUCAAAACCAUCGGUGCCUUCUCCCUCGCCAGAGCCACAGAUUUCCACUCCUGCCAAAAAGGAACAUGUACCGGGAAAACUGCCGUUCCGUUUAAGUCCAGCUGCCCGUAAUAUUCUGGAAAAACACUCCCUGGAUGCUAGCCAGGGCACAGCCACUGGCCCUCGGGGGAUAUUCACUAAAGAGGAUGCUCUCAAACUGGUCCAGUUGAAAGAAACGGGCAAGAUUACUGAAUCCAGACCCACUCCAGCCCCUGUAGCUACUCCCACAGUGCCUGUGCCCCCUCAGGCCGUAGCCACGCCACCUUAUCCACGGCCGAUGGUCCCACCAAUAUCAACUCCUGGACAACCUAACGUAGCGGGCACAUUCACUGAAAUCCCUGCUAGCAAUAUUCGAAGAGUUAUUGCCAAGAGGUUAACUGAAUCUAAAAGUACUGUACCACAUGCAUAUGCUACUGCUGACUGUGACCUUGGAGCUGUUUUAAAAGCUAGACAAAGUCUGGUCAGAGAUGACAUUAAAGUAUCAGUAAAUGAUUUUAUCAUCAAGGCAGCAGCUGUUACCCUUAAACAAAUGCCAGAUGUUAAUGUGAGCUGGGACGGAGAGGGCCCAAAGCAACUGCCUUUUAUUGACAUUUCAGUGGCUGUGGCAACAGAUAAAGGUCUAAUUACACCAAUCAUAAAAGAUGCCGCCGCGAAAGGUAUACAGGAAAUUGCUGACUCUGUAAAGGCUCUAUCAAAGAAAGCGAGAGACGGAAAACUGUUACCCGAAGAAUACCAAGGUGGAUCUUUUAGUAUUUCCAACUUAGGCAUGUUUGGCAUCGACGAAUUCACUGCAGUGAUCAACCCUCCUCAGGCCUGCAUUCUGGCUGUUGGGAGGUUCCGACCUGUGCUCAAGCUAACGCAGGACGAAGAAGGGAACGACAGGCUGCAGCAGCACCAGCUCAUAACGGUCACCAUGUCAAGUGACAGCCGAGUCGUGGACGAUGAACUGGCUACCAGGUUUCUUGAAACUUUUAAAGCAAACCUAGAGAACCCUAUCCGACUGGCCUAGUUCUCUAAGAUAAGAAGUUGGUCUUUGGCUUAGUUAAUUGGGUAGCUGUUACUAGAACCUACACUAUACGAAAACAAUUAGGUUUAUGAGCGUGAAGUGGAUGAGUUGUUUAUUUAAGGUGAACGAGUUUGGCCCGAGUUGUCUUCGUUUUCAGUUUGGGUUUGAUGUUAUAGAAAUAAAUAGCAAACUGUAACUAGUAAAAGAAAGAGAACACUUGGUUAGAUUUAUUUUUAACCUUUGGUGCUGUCCUAAAGUGAAAUGUAAAUUAAAUUGUUUGGCUCAUGUGAGCAUUUUAGACUAUUUGAGAAUAUAUAAUAAGUUGUAAAAUGGAAGAAUUGUUAGAACUAAUUAUGUUAAAAUUAGAACUCAUCUUCAAAGAGAAGCCCUUUAAUUUAAGCAGUGGGACCUCACUUUUUAUAAGCACUGCUUUAGAUAUACUUGAACAAUUUAAUAUGUACAGAAGUUUAUUCUGGAUAAUAGUGAGUAACUAAGGAUCACAUUGUAUUAGGGGUUGUGGCAACAUUAUUGAAUUUUUUAUGUACAUAAAGCCAUAGGUUUUAGAGUGGUUUCUAUCAGUCUUAUUUUUCACUUCUAUGACACUGUGAACUUCUAAAGAGGAAGAAUUAAAAAGUCAAAAAUAAGAGAGAGAGACCAAAACGUAUGUUUCAGUAAUAAACUAGUUAAAAUAUCUAAACUUUCUGAAAUAAACUGUUCACCUUCAUAUUAAGUUGGAAUAUAUUAAAAUAAAUUAUGCUAUUUCCUACCAAACAUUUUAAACUAGUGUUAAUUUAAACACAAAAUGUUGUUUUUUAGUGCAUUUUAAUCAAGUUUGUGUUGUGCAAUAAAAUGUGAGAAAAUAUAAAAACUUCUUUAUUUUUUAAAUGUUAGGACACAACAGUUUAGCAAAUCCCUGAAGUUGGACAGUAAUUUAGCUGGAACAGCUUAUAAGGAAUUCUACAGGAGGAAAGAAAGAAUUUAAACUUGAUCCAACCUUAGGAAAACAACGGAUAUGGAAUGUAAAACUUUGAAAGAGAGUAGAAGGGAAAUCUUACGAGGUAGGCAGGAACUCUUCUUUUUACUCCAUCAAUAGUAAGAACUUUUUACUAAAUAUUGUAAAAGUUAGAAGAGCUUAUUUCUCUUUUAACAACUGUACUACGAUCAGCAUGUUAACUGUCCUGAGAUUGAGUGCUCAUUUAAAUACCCAGUCACUGAAAGGCUUGCGUUAGCAUCUGCUGCCGGGAGUCACUAGAAGACACACCACAUGGCAUGACAGCUCACUACUUAUGCUCCAGCCAAAAAGCUUCUAAAACCAUUGGAGCCCCAGUGUAUCAGUUGUUAAGGAUGUGCUUAAUCCAAUUGCUCAGUUUUAACAAGCUGUUUUUUUUCAAAGUAGUCUUAAAAACCUUUGUCAUAUUAACAGUUACACUAAAAAUUGUCACCAAAUGCUUUUUUCAAAACAACUUUCAUACGUUAUGUUACUUUCAGUUUUCACUGGACUUAUCUGGCUUUUUCCUAAUUUUUAUAUCUGAGGACUAGAACUUGAGACGACCAUAAAUAAGCGUUGGCUUGGAGCUCUGUUUCCACAUAGCGACAGGCAUACGCGGUAAUGCAUCUGCUUCCCCGGCAGGGAGAUGGGUGCUCUUAGCCCCCCACUGCCUGCCUUAGAAAGUCGUGAACCACACGGCAGAAAUGCCGUGUACAUUUGAGACAUUGUGAUUUUUCACGGGUUCACCUCUCAACUUUUGGUACAAAUUCAUUCUGACUGGAAGCAUUUUCUCUAGUAUUCACACUGAUUAUGGAAGGAAAUUGGCCAUAACACUGAUGUGAGGAAGAAGUACUAUAAACAUGGUAACGUGGUUUGGGUUAUUCUGGAGGAUGUGCUUUAUGCUACAUGGCCAGGCUCCCUCCUCCCGUUUUUAUGUGUACAUAUAUACAUGUUUGUUUCUUUUUAUAUGUAUUAUUUAUAUAUACUUUAUUGUAUGUAUAAAAUAGAUAUUCAUUUGUAGUACUGAUAGGUGUCACACUGAGAAGUUAUAAAAAUUAAAUUUUA